GGGGUUUUUCAUUUCUCGAUACGACUAAAACCCACACUUUGCCUCCAUUCUUAAAGAUCGGCGGCCUCUGGCGGGACGAUCAACGGCCAACGUUUUCCGGGCUCAUUUCGACGGCAAGAUUUCUGCCACGUCCAUCCUCAUGGUGAGUUUUUCUUGCUGCUAUUAAUCAAGUAGUUCCUUGUUUGUGGGAGUAUGGCUUUGUCGAUCUCAAGAAGGAUUUUACGUUCUUUUGGGUCACUGUCUGCCUUAGCUCGUUGGGAUUCUCUAACUAUUGCAUCUCAUUCGUUUCAAGCUUCUGAUUUGAAUGCUUGUAUUUCUGGGGAUAACUUGCCUCAGGCAGAAUGUUUUAGCUUUUCAAAGGGUGGUUUGUCUUUCCUUGCUUGUCGGAAGUUUUCAACUACAAUUUUGACUCCUGAUUCAGCUGAAAGUGCUUUUCCAUCUGAUUUACUGUCUGCAAAGACUGUACUUACACCAGAUCGUACUAUAGGACUUUAUCAGGACCUAGUAAUCCCAGUGACAAAUUUUCAUAAUGAAGACAAGGGCUUAAUGGUUUUGGCUGGUGAUGUUUUUGAUGUACCUAUUAGAAAGGAUAUUAUCCAUCGUGUUGUACGAUGGCAGCUUGCAAAACGACAACAGGGAACACAUUCAACCAAAACUAUUAGUGAGGUUAGUGGGACUGGUAGAAAGCCCUGGCGACAGAAGGGUACUGGUCGAGCAAGGCAUGGAACGUUGCGUGGUCCCCAGUUUCGAGGUGGUGCUACAAUGCAUGGCCCUAAGCCAAGAAGUCAUGCUAUUAAGCUGAAUAAGAAGGUUCGACGUCUUGGACUGAAGAUUGCACUGUCUGCUUGUGCUGCAGAAGGAAAGCUUCUUGUCUUUGAGGAUUUGGAGGUCCCUACUCAUAAAACCAAAAAUAUUGUGAACUAUGUAAAUCAAAUGGAGAAUACCAAGAAACUUCUUCUGGUGGAUGGUGGCCCUAUAAAUGAAAAGUUGAAGCUAGCUACACAAAACCUGCAUUAUGUCAAUGUUCUGCCAUCAAUUGGCUUGAAUGUCUAUAGCAUCCUGCUGCACGACACAUUAGUGAUGUCCCGUGAUGCUGUUAACAGGAUCGUUGAGCGAAUGCACACUCCAAUCAACCGCUGAACUAGAAUCAUGUGCCUUUUCUUCCAUUAGUUUUCUCUCAAAAUAGGCAGCCUUUCAUUUUCACAGAAGCAGGUAAGAAAAAGAGAAGCCCAAACAAUUGUAUGUUGUCUAUGAUAAAACUUUCAAAUGCAUGGCUGGAUGUACACUUUCAUUUGUAUCAAACAUUGCACAUUCAGCAAUUAAUUUUGUAGUCCGAAUUUCGUGAGCCAAAACACAGUGCUGCUGACUUUCCAGCAACUAAGACGAGUUUGUAACUUUCCUCCUUCAUGGUAUCAAUCAAUAAAUUUUCUUGCCAUCA